GAAGCACAGACACCACUUCCCCAAUCUACAGGAGCCAUUUUAACAGCAUAAAACUUGCCGGAUUGCUUUUUAUUUUCAAGCCCAAAAGGCGAAAUCUAAAGAGAAAGAAUGUUUAAAGGUCAAGAAGCUUAAGAGAAGAAAAAGUUUAGAAAAAUUGCCUGUUUGCUUAGAGUAUCAGUGAACUAAGAAAAUUUGAAGCACCUUCUUUAAAGAACACCUUGGGUAUACAGUAAUUUCAUUGACUUGGCUGAGAAGUUUUACCCAAAUUUGUCAGUGGACCCUACUGCCAAACACUGGAAACUGUUUGGAAUUUUUUCUCAUGUGGAUCUAAGGGGAAUGCUUUAUUAUGGCUGCUGUUGUCCAACAGAACGACUUGGUAUUUGAAUUUGCUAGUAACGUCAUGGAGGAUGAACAACAGCUUUGUGACCCAGCUAUUUUUCCUGCUGUAAUUGUGGAACAUGUUCCUGGUGCUGAUAUUCUCAAUAGUUAUGCUGGUCUAGCCUGUGUGGAAGAGCCCAAUGACAUGAUUACUGAAAGCUCACUGGAUGUUGCUGAAGAAGAAAUCAUAGACGAUGAUGAUGAUGACAUCACUCUUACAGUUGAAGCUUCUUGUCAUAAUGGAGAUGAAACAAUUGAAACUAUUGAGGCUGCUGAGGCACUCCUUAAUAUGGAUUCUCCUGGCCCUAUGCUGGAUGAAAAACGAAUAAGUAAUAAUAUAUUUAGUUCAUCUGAAGAUGACAUUGUUGUUGCCCCAAUCACCCAUGUAUCCGUCACAUUAGAUGGGAUUCCUGAAGUGAUGGAAACUCAGCAGGUGCAAGAAACAUAUGCAGACUCACCAGGGCCCUCAUCACCAGAACAGCCUAAAAGAAAGAAAGGGAGAAAAACUAAGCCCCCACGACCAGAUUCUCCAGCCACUACACCAAAUAUAUCUGUGAAGAAGAAAAACAAAGAUGGGAAGGGAAAUACAAUUUAUCUUUGGGAGUUUUUACUGGCCCUGCUGCAGGACAAAGCUACUUGUCCUAAAUACAUCAAAUGGACUCAGCGAGAAAAAGGCAUUUUUAAAUUGGUUGAUUCUAAAGCAGUGUCCAGGUUAUGGGGAAAGCAUAAAAACAAACCUGAUAUGAAUUAUGAGACCAUGGGUCGAGCACUCAGGUACUAUUACCAAAGGGGUAUUCUGGCAAAAGUGGAAGGUCAGCGCUUGGUGUAUCAAUUUAAAGAAAUGCCAAAAGAUCUUAUCUAUAUAGAUGAUGAAGAUCCAAGUUCCAGCAUAGAGUCUUCAAAUCCAUCACUGUCUUCAACAGCCACUUCAAGUAGGAAUCAAGCAACUCGAUCGAGAGUAUCAUCAAGUCCAGGGAUUAAAGGAGGAGCCACUACUGUUCUAAAACCAGGGAAUUCUAAAGCUACAAAACCCAAAGAGCCUGUGGAAGUUGCACAGCCACCAGAAGUUUUGAGGACAAUGCAGCCCUCACAGCCUCCAUAUCCUACCCAGCUCUUUCGGACUGUUCAUGUGGUACAACCAGUGCAAGCUGUCCCGGAAGAAGCAUCCAGAACCAGUAGUAUGCAGGAAGAAACAUUAAAUUCUUCCAUUCAGAGUAUUAGGACUAUCCAGGCCCCAGCCCAAGUUCCAGUGGUCGUGUCUCCGGGGAGUCAGCAGUUACAUACAGUAACACUCCAGACAGUGCCACUUACGACGGUUAUAGCCAGCACAGAUCCAUCAGCAGGUGCUGCAUCUCAGAAAUUUAUUUUACAAGCCAUUCCAUCCUCACAGCCCAUGACAGUACUGAAAGAAAGUGUUGUGCUGCAGUCACAGGAGCCAGGCUCUCCUUCAGUUGUCCUCAGCCCUACCCAGGUACAGCGGGUCCUUCCUAGCAGUGUUCAGUCUAUCUGUAACGGAGCCGGCAGUGUGACUUCAUCCCCACCCUUCAGUGCUGCCGCCCCUGUGGUGACGUUCUCCCCUCGAAGCUCACAGCUGGCUGCUCACCCGCCAGGCACUGUAAUCACUUCAGUCAUCAAAGCUCAGGAAACAAAGACUCUGACAAAGGGAGCUGAGAAAAAGGAGGCUGAAGAUCAUUUGAAAGAAGACAUGGAGAAAACUGAGCAGCCACAGUCUUAUGUGAUGGUGGUAUCCAGUUCCAAUGGAUUUUCCUCUCAGGUAGCGGUGAAGCAAAAUGAACUGCUGGAGCCUAGCUCAUUUUAAGUUCUACCAAAGGAAUUAGGGCUGUUUUUUUUUGUUUUUUUGUUUUUUUUUUUUUAAAUUGGACUAGUUUUCAGUUGUCUGCAAACUGUCUAAGA